CAGAAGGUGACAGAAAGCAAAAAGGAUCCAGACAUGUUGAAGAAAGAAGCCCUCCUCCUCAUCCCCAACGUCUUGAAGGUGUUCUUAGAGAAUGGGCAGAUUAAGUCCUUCACGUUCGAUGGCCGAACAACUGUCAAGGAUGUGAUGGUGACAUUACAGGACCGCCUCUCCCUAAGGUACAUCGAACACUUUGCUCUCGUCCUGGAGUAUGCAAGCCCGGAACAGAGCCACAAGUUCCUGCUUCUCCAGGACAAGCAGCCCCUGGCCCAUGUGGUACAGCGGACACAUUACCAAGGUAUGAGAUGCCUCUUCCGGGUGAGCUUCUUUCCCAAAGACCCCGUGGAGCUAUUGCGCCAAGAUCCUGCUGCUUUUGAGUACCUAUAUAUCCAGAGCCGAAAUGAUGUCAUCCGGGAACGCUUUGGAAUGGACCCCAAGCCUGAGAUGCUUUUAGGCCUUGCUGCACUCCACAUUUACAUCACUGUCUCUGCCGCACGACCCAGCCAAAAGUUCUCCCUCAAGAAUGUGGAGAAGGAGUGGGGCCUGGAACCCUUUCUUCCUCCCUCCCUCCUACAGAGCAUCAAAGAGAAAAACCUUCGGAAAUCACUCUCCCAACAACUGAAGGCUCAUCAAGCCCAUCCCCCCAGCGGCACCAAGGGUUCCCAGAUGCAGGCAAAGCUUCAAUACCUUCGGAUUCUGAACGAACUUCCCACCUUCACAGGCGUCCUGUUCAACACUGUGGGCCUGGACGAGAAACAUUCUGCCACAACCCUCCUGGUGGGGCCCCGGCAUGGUAUCAGCCACGUGAUUGACCUCAAGACCAAUCUCACCACUGUGCUGUCGGAGUUCAGCAAAAUCAGCAAGAUCCAGCUGUUCCAGGAGAACCAAGGCGUGGCCCGUGUAGAGACUAGCAUCUUAGAUGCUAAGCCUCUGGUACUGCUGAUGGAAUGGCCGGAAGCCACCAACUUUGCCUGCCUGAUUGCGGGGUACUGCCGCCUUCUGUUGGAUUCCAGAAAAAUGAUGUUCUCCAAGACUCCCAGCCAGCCUCCUCCAGCUCCAAUGAACAAGGCAGAUUACAUGCAAAAUGCCCACCACCCUGUCUCUGGGGGCCACCUGGGGAAGAAGGAGAGUAGUUUUGUGGGCAGCAUGGUCUCCAGCCCUGGGAAGCCGUGCUCGCAGGGCCCCCCAACUGCCAACUCAGAGCUUGUCAGUUUCUGCUACCUCCACAUGCGGGAGCAGAGGAAGGAGAGGGAGAACCAGACAGACAUCAAUGAGAAUCUAAUCUUCUUUGAGGAGACCAGACCCAGGACCAAGUCGGAUCCAACAUCCAAAAGCUCUGGCCAGGGUUAUAGUGAGGCUGCCAAUGACUACGACACCACCAGGCCGGUCCAGGUGCCCUGUACCAGCAGAGCCCGGGCCUAUACCAUAGAUAAUACCCUUGGGGCUGAGACCCUGAAUUUCUACUGUGACUCCUGCAAAGCCAAGCUCAAGAACCAGCUGGGUUCCCGAAAGAGCAGGAGGCCUGGGACCUCCUGUGACAAUAUGGUGGAUCUCAUGUCCCUCCCUCCCCCUGGAAGUGAGGAAGAGGAAGAGGAGGAAGAUGAGAGCACUUCCCUGCUACCUGCCAUUGCCGCCCCACCCCCUGGUUUCCGGGACAACAGUUCUGAUGAGGAUGAUCCCAAGCGCCGAGUGGCCCAAAGCCAGGAGCAAGGUCGACCCUUGUGUGGAAUCUUAUAUGACGAGAUCCCAGUUACUCUGAUUGACAGCGUACAGACCCGAACUGUCCGAGACCAUGCCCAAGAACUAGAUGAUGCCCUGGUGUCCACCCUGCAAGCCUUGGAAGCUCUCGCCGCGGCAGAGGACUGUCCGCAUCCCCCACCCCCACAGACAGCAGGUCUGAUUGUGCUGGCUACCAUCACCCCUGAGUCAUCUCUGGACUCUGGCCAUGAGACCAAUUCAUCUGAGUUGACAGACAUGUCUGAGAUGGUGUCCGCCAUGAAACAACGUCAGAAUGCCACCUACUUUCUGGCCCAGCACAUCAACAAGGAGAGCCUCAUGGCCCACAAGGACCUACCUUUCCGGAUCCCAAGCUGCGCCACCCAAGCUGUCCUUACUGCCCCAUACCCUCUGGGGCGCCAGGAGGCCGGCCCAACAUCGGCAGCUCCUGGAAAGGCAGUCCUCCCUGGUCAAGGCUCUGGCCCCACAGGUGGCAGGAGAAGAUUGGACCCAACUGAAGUGCAGACACACCGAGAGCUCCCCCCAGCUCUGGCUGUGCACCCAGCGCUGGCCUCGCAGCUCAGCAGUGAGCAACGGAGCCAGGGCCUGAUGCCCUGGGGAGCAGAAGGCAAGGAUCCUGAGCACCCUAAGGCUGCCCUGGAGAUGUCUCUGAGGGCAACCCCCUCUGCUCUGAGUGGAGAUCAGGGCACAGAGCUGAGGGACAAGGUGCCCAAGGAAGUAAGGCUGAGUCCCAAGCUGAUCUUGGACUCCAAGGGCAGUGUGACUCCAGCCAUACUCUCAGCAGCUUUGCAGCAAGUGGUACAUAAUAAGGCUCUGGCCUCCCCAGGGGCAGCCCUGGACAGCACUCCUAGGGGAGAGAGGAAGCAGGGGCCCAGUGCAGGGAGCAGCGGCGGCAUCUGUAAGAAUCUCAAAGCCAAGGGGAGCCCCGGUUCUGCUGAAAUAACAUUCAGCUAUCAGCAGCAGCAGCAGCAGCAGCAGCAGCAACAGCGGGGUAGGGGGCAGUUCAGCCCUGAGGGCUCUCCCAGAGCCAAGGCCCCUUCUAGGACCCAGGCUGACCCCCCCUUGCGCCUCUCUCUCAUAGAGGAGGACAAGCUCUCUGCUCAGGGCUUCCCUGCCAAAAGCUACCUCCCAAGAAAGGUCCGGGAGCCCCUCGGGAAGCAGGUCAGUGGGGAGGUGGGGAGCAGGGGUGGGUCCGAGGGAGCCAGUUCAGUCUCUAGGAAGCAGGGGUUUGCCAUGGGUCAAGGGGAGAGAGGGCAGACUGAAAGCAGUCGGCUGGAGGAUAGUGGCCGAGGCCCCCGAGCUGGCCACCCUAGCACCUUCCAGAGCUCUGGUGGUCAGCCCAGAGGUCCAAGCUCAUUGGGGCUCUGGGCUAGUGGCCGGCAGGCAAACACGAUGCCCUCUAGGAAACCGGACAAGGCCCUGGAUGGGGCUCACUCUGACCCUGAUGGGCCGGCCAAGCCCAAGGCUUCGAAGGCACCAUUCCGCCUGAGGAACCUCUUCUCUGCCACCUUCCCAUCCUUGAUGAAGAAGGAGACUGAUGAACGGCAAGCACAGUUACAGAAGGUAAAGCAGUAUGAGCUGGAAUUCCUGGAAGAGCUCCUGAAGCCCCAGAGCAAGGGGGACCUCCCUGCCCCGGAGUACUUACAUCCCUCGGGCCCUGGCCGUUGUAGCUGCCAGCUGCGGAGCAGCCCCGUCCAGCAGGUGCCUGGCAUCUCCCGGGAGCAGCGCCGCAGCUGCGACUGUAAGCGGAUUUGCCGAGGAGGGAGACCUCAAGCAGCCCAGCUCCCCGCUCCUGAGCUGCUCCGGGGCAGAGAGAGAAACCGAGCCCUCCCCCUGCCGAAGCACCCAGAGGCCCCCUCGGUUUUGAGCUUCAGCAGCCCCGCCAAGAGCUGCCGAGUUCGGUCCACCAGCCUGGAAUCCCGGGAAUGCCGAUCAGAGCCUGAGAGUGGUGUGUCAUGCCUGGCCACCUGUGCUUCUAGGGGGGAGUGCAUGGCAGCCCCGCACUAUAGGAAGCUAAUGCGCCGCUAUAGUGUUAGUGAGCUGGACAAGAGUGACCAGGCCUCUCUGACCUCUGACAUCUACCAGCACCCGCCCCUAGGGCUGCAGCCCAAGGAGGCAGAUGCUGGCUUUCCCCAGAGUGUGGGUCCCAAAGGCAAGCCCCAUGAGCUGAUGUCCCUGGGGGAUCCCUCUUAUGUCCAAGUCACUCCCGAGGGCAAAGGCCCCAAAGCAACAGCCACAUUUUCCCUUCCAGAAGAGGUGUAUCCUGGCCCAGCUGAUCUGGAGGAGGAUGACGAAGGGGACAGGUGCUGCUCCAUCCGCUACUGCUUCUAUUACCGCAAGUGUGACAUGGCCGAUGACGGAAGUGACGGCAAGGAUGAGCUCUCCUACUCAAUCCCCAUGCAGUUCCUACCGGGCAUGAAGUUGGACGACCAGGUGGUACCUGUGGUGAGCCAUACCCUCCAGGUGUUAGACGCUACCACGUGCAGCAGCAGCAGCCCUGAAGACAACCAGACCCAAGAGAUUGACCUGAGGAUCUCUACCUUCGAGGGGAGCCUGGCUAAGAUCAAUGCCCUGCAGGGUCACGUCUAUGCCCUGCCCGAUGGCUUCCUGGCCGUGCAGCUGGACACCAAUGAGCUGUUGGCAGCCCUCCGGCAGUGUGUGGUGAACCCUGAGGUCCGGGGCUCCAAGCCCCACACCUCCCAGCUUUCCCAGUAUAAACAGGAGCUGGCCCUCAAAUUCAAGGAGCUUCGGGCCUCCUGCCGCCGUGUGGCGGCUGUGGAUAAGAGCCCCACACACAUGCUGGCAGCCAUCACGGGCAGUUUCCAGGUGCUAAGUGGCCUCAUUGAGACCUUUGUGCGGCUGGUGUACAUCGUGCGCUCGGAGGCCCAACGUCAGGAGCUGCUGGUCAAGGUGGAAGAGGUCGUGAAGAACUACACCUUCCUGUUGCGAGCCGCUGAAGAGUCCACAGCCCGUACCCUGAACCAGCAACAGAUGGCGGCGGCGGGGGCGGCAGGACCAGCGUCUGAGCGCCCACCAGUUACAUCAGCGACUGUUAUGAGCACAUUCACGCGCUCCUUGAAGACCCUGAUCAACAAGUAA